AUGGGCGAGCCCAGCAGCCAGGACGCAGCGCCUCCUCUGCAGGACGCAGCGCCUCCGACGCUCUUCCAAGAGAUCAUGGCCCAGUGGGAGUGGCUGCAGCAGGCGCACGACUAUGUCGUGGCGAUGCCCGCGCUGCGCGAGCGCGUCAGCUCCUUCCGCAAGUCGGCGUGGGAGUUCACGUCGACGGCAAAGGCAGCCGCGCCCGCGCGCCGAAGCCUCGGCCGCACCCUUUGCAGCGGCCCUGCUCCCUACCGCGGCUCCAACCCGCCGGCCUCAGAGCACUGGGCCGCGCUGCUCGCCUUCCGGCGGCAGUACCCCGCCGUGAUUGUCGCCGCCGCCACCGGAGUCUCCGUCCUGCCCGCGCUCGCGCACCUCCGCACAAGCAAGCUCACUGCGCUUCGGCUCGUUGCGCGCAACUCCCUCCUCGGCGGCGGCGGCGCGGCGGUGCUGCUCUACCCCGAGAUCGUCUUCCGCGCGGCGCCGUACGUCAGCCGCGGCGUGACCAAGGCGGAGGACACGAUCGCGUCGGUGCGCGCAAACUGAGAGACGCCCGCAUUGUGUGCCGCGCCGACCGCCGUGUGCGGACCUCGCACAGCGGGGGCGCCCUGUGAGCUGUGUGCGUGUGGCGGUUGUGUGCGUGAGCUGUGGCCAGAAUUAGCGAGAGGGGGCAGCAUGAGCCUGGGAAAAGCCCGCGACGGGACAAAUUA